CCAUUUAGUGCAGAGAUCAGAUCAUUUGCAUUUAAGAGGAAAAACAAAAAAACUCACAUUAUUGCUUACACAUACAAAAUGACACGUUAUAACAAAUUAUCAACAAAAAGUAUUGUGAAUCGAAAAGUUUAAAUCUAAAUCGAAAGUUUACCGCUUCGUAGUAAAUGAGACAGAAAAACAAAUAGGGGAAGAUCCAUCAGGUCGUGACGAAAUCGGACUUAAGUUUCAUUUCACGAGAGCCCACCACCACAGCUACAGCCACACACCUGCACGCCUAAAAUCAUGGCAGUUCAUCAAACUACCAUUGUGACGACCCAGCAGGUCUCAUCUGGAACCUGGACCACAGGGAUCUGUGAUUGCUGUUCUGAUAUGAGCACUUGUUGCUGUGCCCUGUUUUGUUUCCCUUGCUUGCAGUGUCAGACUGCGUCCCAAUUUGGAUGCUGUUUCUGCAUGCCUUUGUUAGACAGCUUCUGCAUGGUGGUGUCUUGCUGUCUCCGUAAGAAGAUGAGAGAGCAGUAUGGCAUCAAUGGUUCGUGCUGUGAUGACGUAUGCACUAUUUGCUGCUGUUAUCCAUGUGUCUGGUGUCAGAUGUCUCGUGAAAUCAAGAUUCGUGCUCGGUCUGGCGCUGUGAUCACCCAACAAAUUGUGCACAGUUAGAAAUCAGCUAUUUCCAAGUUGCAAGAGUCUGGGUAUGAGUAAAGUCUGAUGUACCCUAGGAAGGGAUGACAUUUUUUUUAUAUUAUAACUUUUUCAUAUAUUUUUUCACAUUUUUAUUUAGCGCUGUUCGGUUAAUCCUUUUUUGCAUACUGUUGUGUAGAUUAGAUGUGACUUCAGAGUUUAUACUGUAAUGCAGUAUGUACAAGCAAUACAAAAUAAUGUUAAAUAAUUGUCUGAAACAUUGAUCGCAAAUUAUCAUUGUAUUUUCUGUUCUUUGUUGAUUCCCUUCCAAUUAUUGUUGUAUUAGUACUUCAUUAAUAAAUAAAACUGAGUUUCCUGAAAA